AUGGACGGGAGGAUCCGGAGCGGGGAAGGGGUUAUGGGUCUCUUCCUGACCGCCCCCGCGGAGCCUUGGCCCCUCCGGGCCCUCCCAAGUUCAGGCCAGCGACUUGAUGGACUGUCCUGCCUAUGGGAAGGGCCCGCUACAGCUGCCCAGUACGGCUCUCUGCCCCCAGGAGGUGCCCAGUGCGGCUCCCUGCCCCCAGGAGGCAUCCGGAGCAGCUCGGAGCGCCGGAAGGAGAAGUCUCGGGAUGCGGCUCGGUGCCGGCGCAGCAAGGAGACGGAGGUGUUCUACGAGCUGGCCCACGAACUGCCCCUGCCUCACACCAUCAGCUCCCACCUCGACAAGGCCUCCAUCAUGCGUCUCGCCAUCAGUUUCCUGCGCACCCACAAGCUCCUGACUGCAGUGUGCUCGGAGAGCGAGCCGGAAGCGGAGGCUGACCAGCAGAUGGACGGCCUCUACCUGAAGGCCCUGGAAGGGUUCAUCGCCGUGGUGACCCAAGACGGAGACAUGAUCUUCCUCUCCGAAAACAUCCACAAGUACAUGGGGCUGACCCAGGUGGAGUUAACGGGACACAGCAUCUUUGACUUCACUCACCCCUGCGACCACGAGGAGGUUCGGGAAAAUCUGAGCCUGAAGAACGGUCCCGGCUGCGCGAAGAAAAGCAAGGACGUCUCCACAGAGCGCGACUUCUUCAUGAGGAUGAAGUGCACCGUCACCAACCGUGGCAGGACGGUCAACCUCAAAUCGGCCACCUGGAAGGUGCUGCACUGCACGGGCCAGGAAGUGUACAGCUCCCCGGCGCCACACAGCCUGUGCGAGUACAAGGAGCCCCUCCAGUCGUGCCUCAUCAUCCUGUGCCAGCCCAUCCAGCACCCCGCCAGGCAUCGACAUCCCCUGGACAGCACCUUCCUCAGCCGCCACAGCAUGGACAUGAAGUUCACCUACUGCGAUGACGUCCUUCCUUCGCCGAUUUCUGCCCGCAGGAUCACGGAACUGAUUGGCUACCACCCGGAAGAGUUUGCUGGCCCGCUCCGCUACGAGUUCUACCACGCUGACUCGGAGAGCAUGACAAAAAGCCACCAGAAUCUUUGUGCCAAAGGCCAGGUGGUGAGCGGCCAGUACCGCAUGUUGGCCAAGCUCGGCGGCUACGUGUGGCUGGAGACGCAGGGCACCGUCAUUUACAACACUCGCAACCUGCAGCCGCAGUGCAUCUUCUGUGUCAACUACGUCCUCAGUGAGAUCCAGAAGAACGACGUGGUGUUCUCCAUGGACCAGACCGAGUCGCUCUUCAAGCCCCACCUGCUGUCCAUGACCUCCAUCUUCGACGACGAGGCCGGAGCCACCGACCCGAGCAACUUCCUGUUCUCCAAACUGAAGGAGGAGCCGGAAGAGCUGGCACAACUGGCCCCCACCCCGGGAGACGCCAUCAUCUCCCUGGACUUCGGGAACCAGAAGUUUGAGGACUCGCCCCACUACGGCCAAGCCAUCCUGCCCCGCGGCAAGCAGUGGUCCCUGGACGUGGGGAAGAGCCAGCUGAGCCAGAGCGAGCCAGGCAGCCUGCCCGCCUUCACGGUGCCCCAGGUGGCCCCCGGGAGCACCACCCCCAGCGCCAGCAGCUCCAGCAGCUGCUCCACGCCCAGCAGCCCGGGAGACUACUACAGCGCACUGGGCGAAGAGCUGAAAAUCGAGGUGAUCGAGAAGCUCUUUGCUAUGGACACCGAGUCCAAGAAUCAGUGCAACACGCAGACGGACUUCAACGAGCUGGACCUGGAGACGCUGGCCCCCUACAUUCCCAUGGAUGGAGAGGAUUUCCAGUUGAGCCCCAUCUGCCCCGAGGACGCCCCGCUGCUCGAGUGUGCCCAGGCGGCCCAGGAGAGCCUGACCACCAUGACCAGCCUCUUCCAGCCCCUGGCCCCCGCCGCCCCCGAGAAGUUCCCCCGGCAGAUGGCCGGCAAGAAAGCGGGCUCCGGGGGCCACCGGCCCGUGGCCUCCGUGUUCUUCGAGGGCGGGUCCAGGGCGGCCCUGCCGCCCUACUGCACGCCCGCCUGCACCCCGCUGUCUUCGAUGGGGGGCCGCUCCAACACCCAGUGGCCCCCGGACCCCCCCUUAGGGUACCCGCACGUGAAGUGGGCCGGGCCCGACCCCCGCGCCGGCCCUCUGGGAGGGGGACCGUCCUCCGGCCCGCCGCGGCCCUCCCCCGGCCUGCCCCUCUACAAGGACAGGUCCAGCAAGGUGCUGACCCCACCGGGGCCGGGCCUGAACCCGGCCCUGCUCGCCCUGUCCGACAAACUGCGACUGAAACGGCACCUGGACAGAGGAGACCCGCCCCGCGGGCUGCCCGGAGGGGGGACGGCUCCAGGCGGCGGCGGAGGCCCCUCCCACCAGAUGUGGAAAAGGAUGAGAAGCCUCAAAGGGGAAGACUGUCCUCUGCUCCCCGAAAAACCCCCCAACCUGGGGGUCCGCAGCGACGAUUUUAUCUGUGAGGCCCCGAGGGGCCUGGGUCCACCCCAACCCCUGGGCCCCCCUCGGCAGAAGCCGCUGCCCCUGCACGGUCUGCCGCCGCCACCCUCCCCCGGAGACACCCCCAAAGCGCCCGGCCCCCCGCCGUUCUACCGCUCGCGCUACCAAGACUGCGGCCCGCCGCCCGCCCGCAAAAUGUCAGGGAUGACCAGCCGUCUCCUGGGGCCGUCGCUGGAGCCGUAUCUGUUACCCGAAUUGACCCGCUAUGACUGUGAAGUCAACGUCCCCGUCCCGGGCAGCUCCACCCUCCUGCAGGGCAGCGACUUGCUCAGGGCCCUGGACCAGGCGGCCUGAGAUCCCGGGACCACCCCCCGCCCGCCCACGAGCCCCCCCCCCCCCAGCCCGCCGGGCCACGUCUCUAACACCAGCCCCCUCCCUCCGAGACGCCCUCAGUGCCGGACGCGUCCGCCGGGCCCCGCGGUGACCUCGCCGACCUCCCAGCCUCUUCCUGCACAGAAUAAGAAAGCGGAUGCGCCGAUCGUUUCAUCUACUGUAUUUUUCUCUAUUGCAAUAAAAACGCGUUAGCCCGUUCGGAUGAUCUUCCUGCCCCCCUCCCGCCCCUCCCCCGGCCCCGGACCAGCGGAGCGACCCGUCCAGCGUGACCGUGGCCUCCCCUGCGUCCACGCUGACCGGCGCCCCGCCUCCGAAGGGAGCGAUUAGCCCACCCCCGCCCCGUUCGUGACAAGAAUGAGGAUUAUGUUGCCAAAGAUCAUCCAAGCAGAUGGAAAGAGGUGUGCGUGCGGGUACACGUGUGUGUGUGUGUGUGUGUGUGUGUGUGUGUGUGUGUGUAUGCGUCUGCGUGCGUGCAAUUCCCGUCUUGCCAACCGAGCGUCCCGUAGUCGGGAAGCUUCUGCUCGGAGAGGGGGCCGAGGGUUCUGGCCGGGUGGACGGAUCGUCUGGGAACGUCAUUUCCACCGGUGGGGGGUUUUGUUUGUCUGUUCUAAUCCUUCGAAAGGCAAACUGAGGCUAUUUAAAAAACGACGACUAAAAAACAGAACCCAUUUCUCUCUGGGUUGAGCGUUUCUCCUUUUUAGGUACUUCCUUCUAUCUUAAACUAGCGAGGCAGAGGUGGACCCCCGCUUGCUCCCAAGCCCGUUCGGAGGUGGCCGUCCUCUCCCCCACCCCGCCACGGACCCGUCGGGACUGGGGGGGCCCCCUCCGCCCCAGAGCCGGUUCUGUCACCACCGAUUGCUCCCCGGUGGCUCCUGGGGUGUUGUUUCCUACCUUUGGUUGACCUGGAAGCAGAACCCAAGAAAGAGAAUCAUCCGACGGAAGCGUUCAGCGUUGUAUCUCCCUUCUUCUAAUUGUAUUAUUAUUAUUAAUGUUGUGGUUAUAAUUAUUAUUAUUGUUAUUAUUAUUCUAUUACGCCAAGUUGCCGUGGUGAAGUGUUUCGGGUUUGGAGCCGGGCGAAGGGGGAGAGGGGAGGAACUGUAGUUAGUAGGGCCACUGACCGGCCGGGGAUCUUUCGGAGUGACCCGGAAAGGGUUGGAUCGGGUAUUGGGGGGCGGGGGGCGGGGGACUGCCCCCCGUCUCCCGCCCCGCCGCGUUUCCGGCGAGUCAGAGCGCGGGCCUCGGCCGCCUCGGCCGCUGGAAGGGGGAGCGGCCGACAGCGCCAUCGACCCGGGCGGCCCCCGGGCCCGGGCACCUCCCUCCCCCGGCGGAAGCCACCCCCUCCCCGGUCCAUCCCCGGAGCCCCGCCGCUCCCCUCUAAACCCUCUCGGGGACGUGCGCUAACUCGUACAGGUAGGGAGCACUGUAGCCCAGAGGUGCUCAGGGAGCGCUCUGGGGGCCGGUCGGAUGUAGCCCUCCUUUUGCAUACACUGAAAAUCAGGGGCGUCCAACCCCCGGGCUCCCCAGCCAAGUGCCAGCAGGCCCCCCGCCGCCCCCGCCGAGGUCCGGGAAAGACGAAAGGCAGAAAGGUCCCAAAGCGGAGGGUUCCCCUUCUAAGGCGGGGGGCGUGCACGCGCGUGCCGUCUGUGCUAGCGUGUACGCAGGCCGCCCACGUGGCACGUAUGUGCUCGGACGCGGGUGUGCGGCCCGUGCUGGCGUGCCCGCGUCCUUCACGCGGCCCGGGAACUCAGACCCGACCGCACAUGAUGUCAGCGUCCGGAGGGGUCCAACAGCUGUCCCGGGCCUACCCUUUCCCGUUCCCGCCGCCUCAGCCUCCCGGUUCUUAGCCGCUUUACUAAAACCCCCCGGAAAUAAUCCGAGCCCCCCCGCAUUAAUCGUACCCUGUCCGCGUAACUACUUCAUGAACUGUAUUUUGAAUUCUUACUGACGACAUUAUAACCGUAUGAGACCUUUAACGCGAUAAGGAAAGAAAUGUAUUUUGACACCGAUACCUUUAUUAAAGUUCCACUGAUCGGACUUUGCUGGUGACUCCUGCUUUGCUUUGGAUUUGUUUUGUCAUGUACCAUUGUCAAAUGAAGGAUUUAUUAAAUUAUUUAUAGAAAAUGAA